AUGGGCGAUCAAAUUGUCACAGAUCCGCCAAAUCAGCCCAAUCGCUUCUCCAAUUCAUUUGCUCUUACGUCCUCAUCAAGUGGCUCCGAUAAAGAUCGAGGUUACACGAUUGUGGUGCCCGCGAACGUUUGCUUUGGUGGUGUGAGCAUGCAACUGGAUUUGAAGAUCGAUCAGAAGACGCUGGCAGCUGCAUCGGAUAUCUCGAAAGCGGUUGAAGAGGCCGUUACGACGCAUUUUCAAUCGGCCACAACCAGCAGCACCUCGUCAACAACGAGUACCGCUUGUACGCCAUCCGGUAGUGUCGUACAAUCAUCUGGCGGUACCACCACCAUCAUCAAUUCAUCUGGCACAGCUGUCGGUGUGGGCGCUUCACUUGGAGAUGGCUUGGGCAAUGCCACAACCACUGCGGGUUCAGGACCUGUGACCGGCACAGGCACAGGCGCAGUGACUUCGGCUCGUCGCUGUAUUAAAAUGCCAACUGCGUCCGUGUCAUCGCAGCAGUCAGCGAAUUAUACAGCUGUAUCGUGUGGCAAUGAAAGCACCAAUAGUGCAAUGAUACAAAAAGAUGAGAGUCGCGAACAGGUGAAUGAGGUGUGUAGUUCAACUGUGGACUCGAGUCCUCUUUGUGAUACAGCCUCAUCACCAAUUCAAUUGGAUACGCCAUCGACAAGUAUUCUACCAACACAAUCCACAAAUAAAACCAAUACUAACAGUGGCAAAAUUAACAAAAAUAAUACCAAUAAUAGCGCACAUUCGUAUAUAUCACUGACCAAUAACAACAAUGUUAGUAGUGAUAAUGAUUUUCAUUUGGACGAUCAGAGACCGUCAUCAUCUGCAGUGUGCGAUAAUGAAGUGCACUCAUCUGUGGAGGAUUCCGCAGAGCCCCCAAUGGCUUCAUCGUCUACAAUGGGAAAUGCCAUCCUCAUUAAUAACACUAAUGCCAGUAACACAAGCCAUAAUAAUAAUAAUGUUGCUGUGUCCUAUGAAAAUGUUGCUAUUCCGAUCGCUUCUGCCUCAGCGUCUACGGCUCCACAAUCCUCCUCGUUGCAAUCUCAGCCACAACACGUGGCACAAUCGCAAUUUCGCUCCACCAACGAAUCCGAAGGCUCCUCGUCAGCGUUCAAGCAACAAUCCGAAUCGCCCACAACCUCAUCAUUUGACGCUAUUCUACCAUCACCCCAAACGUCUUCAACGUCCAAUGUUGUUGUUCCAACUCCGUCAACCGUUCCGACGAAUAAUGCCAAUAAUCCCUCGGCUGCAACCUCUUCAUUACCGACUCGAACUGUAAUGUCGGCUGCAAAACGACGUCGAGAGAAAGCCGGUCCACCGUCACAUUUUUGUGAGCAAAAUGAUCCGAACGGAAAAGGACAGUUGUUGGCUUGUUUGAUGAGCUUAAAUUGCUUGGAAGCAGAGAAAGACUGCAAGAAACAUGGCUGUGUGAAGUUGGAUUCUGUUGUUGUGUUGACGGCCAUUGGAUGUAUUCAGUCAUGUUUAUGUCCGUAG